CAUCACAAACUAAACAAUAAACCAUACAAAAAAAAUAUGAAAAUCCUCUUACUUUCAGUUCUCUUGCUCUUGGCCGCUACGGUCUCGGCAUCCGUUCCAGAUCUCAUCGAACUCGUCGAUUCGAACACCAUCUCUGGGAACGAAGCCGAACUCUUAGAGAAAGAGAAACUUUCCAUCAACUACCACAACUGUAGAAGCUGGCACCUUGGUGUUGAGACUUCUAAUAUCAUAGACUUCGACACGGUGCCCGCAAAUUGCAAAGACUAUGUUGAAGACUACUUGAUCACUUCCAAACAAUAUCAAUCUGACUCCAAAACGGUGUGCAAAGAGGCUUAUUUCUACGCCAAAGGACUUGCCCUAAAGAACGACACCGUUAAUGUUUGGAUCUUUGACCUAGACGACACUCUCCUCUCUAGUAUUCCCUACUACGCCAAAUAUGGAUACGGGACAGAGAAUACCGACCCGGGGGCGUACUGGUUGUGGUUAGGGACCGGAGCAUCAACUCCCGGGCUCCCGGAGACUUUGCAUCUUUACCAAAACAUCUUAGAACUCGGGAUUGAACCCAUCAUACUCAGUGACCGUUGGAAAUUGUGGAAGAAUGUCACUCUCGAGAAUCUUGAGGCUGCUGGCGUGACCUACUGGAAGCAUCUCAUAUUGAAGCCAAACGGUUCGAACUUGAGGCAAGUGGUGUACAAGUCAAAGGUGAGGAAGAGCUUGGUAAAGAAAGGAUACAACAUCGUUGGGAAUAUUGGAGACCAAUGGGCUGAUUUGGUUGAGGAUACUCCUGGAAGGGUUUUUAAGCUCCCAAAUCCACUCUACUACGUACCUUCUUAAGCAUCUAUCUAUCAUCAUGGCUUUGUCCCCUUGUAUCCGCUUCAUAUAUAUCUAUGUCGUUUUGUUUAUCUAUGUAGCCGUUUUGGCACCGAUGCAUAAAUAAAAUGUCUAUGCUAUC